UAUGAAUUACAAGUUUCAAUUUCAGGUCAUCAAAGAAAACAUUCAACAUCCGUUACCAAAAUCUUUUAUGGUCAAGUGCUAUGGUACUUUAGUCACAUUCACGACAAUGCAACUGUCAUGCUCGCUUAUGUAAGAUGGGCAAAUGUUCCGGAUGAAAAGAGAGAACGGCCUCUUUUUGGAAUCAAAAAAUUUCGUGGAUUUGGACGAUGCGAGUUCAUUGAUAUAAUAACAUCACCUGCCGAAGCACACGUAUCAAAUCGUGAAGAAUCAACUACUAUCUCAAAUAAUGACAAACAUUUAUCAAACACACACUCAGAAGAAGGAACAAUUAUUUCGUCGACGAAUCAAACCCCAAAUAAAAAAUUAGAUGCUAAACGAUCUUCGGAAAUGACAAAUUUGACGAUCCCGAUGUCGGAUGCUGAAACAGUUUCUAAUAGCGGUAGUGACAUUGAAAAAGCAGCACCAAUCAGUGAUGUAGUAGUAGAUACUCCACCGCCGGUGUAUUUGAAAGGAAUAGAACUAUCUUUGAUUAUAAUUGGAUUGGGAUUUGGGGUGUUUUUAUCUGCUCUUGAUCAAACAAUCGUCGCAACUGCUUUACCACAAAUCGCUUCGGAUUUUAACGCAUUGAAUCAAAUCGCUUGGGUUGGAACUGCUUAUCUCUUGACAACGACUGCAUUUCAACCAACAUAUGGUAAAAUAUCGGAUAUUUUCGGACGAAAAGCGACAUUUCUCUUUGCAAUAGGCGUGUUCGAAUUAGGAAGUCUAUUAUGUGCAAUUGCUCAAAACAUUACUUCUAUGAUUAUAUUUCGUGCAAUCGCUGGUAUGGGUGGCGGUGGUAUUCUAAGUUUGGUAAUGAUUAUUAUAUCAGAUAUUGUUCCACUCGAAGAUCGUGGUAAAUACCAAGGACUUAUCGGUGCAGCAUUUGGAAUUGCUUCCCUUAUUGGUCCUCUCUUGGGUGGUGCUUUUACCGAUCACGUAACUUGGAGAUGGUGCUUCUUUAUUAAUUUACCAUUUGGAGCUAUCACAACAUUCGUCGUCAUUAAAUAUCUGAAUCUUCCAAAACCAAAAGGUUCAUUAAUCACCAAGGUUAAGCGUCUCGAUUGGUGGGGUACUCUGAUUGUAAUUUCCGCUACUAUUGCUUUACUUUUGCCACUUAACUGGGGUGGAGAUAAAUAUGAAUGGAAGAGUCCAAUUAUUAUCGUAUUACUUAUAGUUGGUGCUUUCUUAUUUGUUCUUUUUGGAUAUGUGGAAGGUUGGCUUGCUAUCGAGCCAGUUGCUCCUGGUCGUCUCUUUAAAGAUCGUGCUCUUCUUGCAUGUUUUAGCGUAAACUUUUUCCAAGGCAUGGCAUUUUUUUCGUGGGUUUAUUAUAUACCACUUUACUUUCAAGUCGUAAAAGGUGAAUCGGCCACAAUUUCUGGAUUGGAAUUACUACCAUUCAUUUUGGGUGUUGUGGUAUCGUCAAUUAGCACAGGACAAACGAUCUCACGAAAAGCUAAUAUCCGUAAACAACUUUUUGCGGUUCUUGGUGCAGUAUUGAUCAUUGUUGGUGCUGGACUCACGAGUCUUUUGAAUGAACAUUCUAAUCGUGGGAAACAGACUGGAUUCCUUUUGAUUCCGGGGAUUGGCAUUGGUUUUAUUAUGCAAACAACAUUGUUGUUCUGCCAUGCUGCAGUUGAUUAUAAAGAUGUUGCGGCUGUCACCUCAAUGCUAAACUUUUUCCGAUCAAUCGGCGCAGUAUUUGGCGUAGCAAUUGUUGGAACAAUCUUCAAUAACGAACUUAACAAGAUGAUCGAAGCUAUUAAUCUUGAUAUCAGCGUAGAAGCCGUAAAAAAUUCCUCGACAUACGUCAAAAGUUUACCACCGGAUUUACGAGAAUCCGUAAUUCAUGCAUACGUUGAAGCACUACAAGUCUGUUAUCGUGCCAUAAUACCUCUCGGAGUUUUAUGUUUUUUAAGCGCGUUAUUUAUUGGCAAGAAUAAAAUAAACCAUCGGCAGUCGAGAACGAGAAUGAUGGCAAUCGAAUGA